AGAAGGAAGGAAAAUUGCCUACAGGAGCCAGAGCUUACACCAGAGCCCAGCAGAACACACGUCCAGAAGCAGUCGGAUCUCAAGAGCCCAGCUUUUGGAUUUAAGGUAGUUUGUCCGGGACCAGGCUUUGCUAUGUUGGCUGAGACAGUUCUCUCUCUCGGUCUGUGGCUGCAGUUUGCUGCGGGACAGGACACACCUGCCAGAGGUCCUCAGCCAUCUGUUUCCAAUUCCGAAGGGGACCUCCUCUUCUUAUUGGACAGCUCUGGCAGCGUCUCCUACUAUGAGUUUUCCAGGGUCAAGGAAUUCAUGUGGGACCUUCUGCAACCUUUCACCUUUGGCCCCAAAGAUGUCCAGACCAGCAUCAUCCACAUCAGCACUACGCCCACCAUGGAGUUCCCUUUCGACCGGCACCAGUCUGCUGAGGCUCUGCGCCAAGCCCUCCGCGACACUCAGCAGCUCAUGGGUGACACCAACACAGGCAAAGCUCUCUCCUAUGCCAAGGAGAAGUUGUUCAGUGGUGAAGCUGGGGCCCGGCCAGAGGUGCCCAAGGUGCUGGUUUGGGUGACAGAUGGCUUCUCCACUGAUGACAUCUCGGAGCCCAUGCAGCUGCUGAAGGACAUGGGAGUGACAGUCUUCAUCGUCAGCACUGGACGGGGCAACUACCUGGAGCUCUCUGCUGCUGCCAGCCAGCCUCCUGAGAAGCACCUGCACUUUGUGGAUGUUGAUGACCUGCCCAUCAUCACCAAGGAGCUCCGAGAUGGCAUCCUAGGUGUCAUCCAAGCAAACCGGCUCCACGCAGUGGAUGUCACUUCCAGCAGCUUCAGGCUGGUGUGGCCACAACUUCUCUCCCUAGAAACCGACUACUACACCUUAGAAUAUGCCCCAAGGGAUGAUCUGGGCAAGAAGAGGACAAAGCAAGUGUCUGGGGCUCAUACCAGCCUCCUGCUAAGCAACCUUGCACCAGAAACUACUUACGAGGUGGCUCUCAUCCCUGAAUCCAACAUCCACUACUUCGCUCCUCAGACAACCAGGGUGACUACACUGGCAGAGGAGAUCAGCCCAGCUCAGGUCCUCAUCUCAGAGUCUGGACCACACAGCUUCCACGUCAGCUGGGCUCCUAUCCUGGACAGUGUGAACAGCUACCAGAUCCUCUAUGGCCCUCUCCCUGGGAACUCAGUGAAGCUGCUGGAGGUGGAUGGGAAGCACAACAGCUCUGUGGUGGACAAGCUGGCACCCAACACAACCUACUUGGUGACAGUGACUGCAGUCUACAAGUCAGGGAAGGAGAAAUCCCUGUCGGCCAAGGCAUGCACUCAGGAAGAGGGCUCCAAAGUGAGGCACCUUCGCUUUGAGGACAUGGGCCCCAACACCCUGAAAGCCUCCUGGGACUCUGCUGCUGGGGAGGUCCUUGGCUACAGAGUCAGAUGCCGGCGCCAAAGCGGCCCCUCCUCGCUGCUCAGCGUCUCGCCCCGGGUGCACAGUGUGCUGCUCACAGACCUGCCUGCAGGCACCACCAGCACCGUCUGUGUGAAGCCCAUCUACAGGAGCCAGGCAGGCAAGAGGCUGUGCCGCAUGGUGCACAUGCAGCCAGCUACAGAAGCCCAAGGAUAUAAGCACAGAGAGAGAGCAUGACAGGCUCUGGAGCGAAGCAGUCCCAUGCAGAGCAAGGAACCUUGCUUGGACAAAGACUUGAAGGGGCCAGGAGAGGAAACCAGACAGCUCACAGAUCAUUUCCCAGCCUGGUGGUCAAGCCUAAAAGCUGUCUUCAAGCCAGCUUCUCCCAAAGCUUAGAGGUCUGGCUGGGCUGGAACAACCAAUCCAACUAAUAGGUCCUAAAUCUGUACCCUUUUAUAUCAAAAUGCCUGGCAAAUAACAAGCCAAAGGCGAAGCAGUGCAGCCACACUCUUGCCUUGCUUCCUGCCUCUUCUCUAUUUAUUAAAUGUUGACACAGGUUUUA